UGUCCUCUGGAGGGGGCGGGGGUCUCUACUCUACUAUAGAAGCUGCCCCGCACCGGGACUCCCGCGGACUGCGGACCGGCCUGCAGCGACAGCCUCCCGGGCAGAGAUGUCCCGCUCACCUCUCCAGCUCCAGUCCGGGGCAGAGUGGCCCUCCUCGGAGCAGGCCAUGGAGAACGGCCACGAGGAGGAGGAGGAGGAGGGCGAUCUGGACGACGAGGUGGACGCUUCUCAUCUGGAGCGAUUCAUGAAAGACAGGAGGAGAGCCAGGUCCCUGCCAGCCUACCCGGCGGCGCUCCUGGACCGCGUGUCUGGGAGUAACGAGAGGAAGCGGGUGAAGUUCGCAGACUCCAUGGGGCUGAACCUGGCCAGCGUCAAGCACUUCAGCUCGCUGGAGGAGCCGCAGAUCCCCAGUAAAGUCCUGUCCAGGCACAAGAGCUUCCCGCCGCAGCAGCAGGACUUGCUGAACGACCUGUGCCAGAGCUUCAAGUCCAGUCUGGACACGGACCGGCUGGUCGCCUGCUUCCCGGAGAACCGUGAGGUGGAGCGGAGAGUCCAGCACCUCCGCGUCUGCCUGGAGAAGGUCGCCAUCACCCAGUUUGACUUGCGGGGGCAGAUCCGGGUCUUCACCAGCUGCACCGACAAAGAGGUCGGAGUGAGGUACACCUUCAACGACUGGCUCUCCUACGUGGACGCGCAGGCUCUGCCGGUGGCCGCGGACCAGCCGGGCUUUGUGGGAGAGCGGUUCAGCUUCACCGUGUACACGCCGCCCUUCAUGGACCCCAGCUCGGCCGUGCACAUGGCCGUGUACCUGAAGAGUGAGGAGGGGGAGUUCUGGGACAACAACGAGGAGCAGAACUACACCCUCAGGUACCACUGCAUGCCCAGCACCACAACCUUUGUCAGCGCCGCUUUCCACGCCACCUGACCGGCGCGUGUGUCGUGCGUAAAACCUACAGAUCUGCGCGUUAAAGCUUUCCACCAGUCCCGUCUGCUGAAAGAAAUGCUUUGAUAUGCAGCUGCGGAAUAUUCUGUAAUGUGCUGAGUCUUCUUGAGACAAGGGUUUCUGAACUUCCACUUGGAUCGAUGGACUUUGUCUGUCCGAGGAAACAGAAGCCCCGGACUUUAACUUCAACAACCUUCUGGAUGUUUUGGAUCUGUUGACAGCCACAAGUGUCUCUGCCUCACUGCUGCUCCUGGAUUCUGCACUUUCCUGAGUCCACACACCUAAAAACAGAUGUUCAGCUCUAUAAUUAAGGACAAUAAACAAACACAAAGCCUGGCAGGCCUUAAUCACUGGGACAAAACCUCAUGUAAAUGUCUAUGGUGCUCAAAUUAAAGGCUGCACCGGGGGAGCUGCUUGUGCCCUGUCAGCGGAAAUGAUCACAAUGAAAGCGCUUUUUAUUUGCAAAUGAUCGUGUUUGCCAAUCGUUAGUCUAAUCUGACAUUUCUGUUACCAAUUUUAAAAUGCAGAUUUCAGUCAAAGACCUUUAGAGUGAUUCUUACUACACAUUCGUUUUAUUCCCUUACGGUUUAAAAAAGUCAGUUUGCAGACUCCUCUUGUAGGCUAAUCCAUGGCACUGAUCAUCAUUCUGAUCAAUGUGACAUUAUUGUUGCUUAAUAAUGCAGUUUGAGUGCAGGUUGUUGUGAAAAACGCUGCACUGCCUCAUGUUCACAUUACACAACUUUCAAGACUCAUUUUUAUCCUGUAAGGAAAUAAACAGGGAAGCAGUGGCUCCCUGAACUGCAGAUAAAGCACAUUAAAAUGAAUAAAAUGCAGCUGUGUAGUCUGUAAAUUGAUUAUCUAUGAUGUUUGUUGGAUGUACUUUAAAUAAAUUUUGCUAAAAUAUGCAAAACAACCAGUAUGGACCUUUAAAUUUAGCCAAAAAAACCUUUUAAUUCAGCCUGUCAGCUGAUUUUCUUUAAGGUGUUCCAACAUCUGGUUGUUCAGAUAAAUCCUUUGAUGUCUCAUGAUGCUGAAACAUGCCCUGCAGCCAAAAACAGAAUAAAAAAAAAACGCCUGGGGGAAAUUAACUGUUCAUUCUUUUUGCCGCAGUUAUUUCAACAAAGAGAUUUUAGAAAGAAUUGUGUUUAGAGUGGAAGAUUUUGUCAAAGUGAUCUUGUUCAA